GAUUGUUCUAGACCGUGCUGCUCAGGGAAAGAAAGAAAGUGGCCAAUUUCGCGGAGUCUUGAAUCAACACCGUCAAAUCCACAAACCCACAACUCCACAUAUCCACCUGCACGUCCAUUCUUCGUGCUACAUUGACACAUUGAGAUCGUUCGUUUGACGUCUAGGGCAUAAUCAAUACAAGACGUUAUUCCUAUUCUUUCAUGAUUUGUCAAGUUUCAAUUAUGCAUGCAUCUAUCUGCUUGCUUCGUGCUGUUGCCGACGGCUAUUGAAGAGCGACGAAAACCGACCCGUCCUAACCCUUAUCAUCGGCGAUGUUAACGGAGGAGUCAAGCCUUUAAUAUCGCAAUCUUGUGGAUUCACUGGGCUCUUGGGUUAAUAAAUCCAAACCUUCUUGUUGGUACACUGUUGGUUAUAUCCCGUCCUCGUGUUCGAGUAGCAUGUAUAUAUAUUGUGGCGGAUACAUCGUUUACGCCGCAUUUCCCAGCCGCCUUGCUUUCCUAUUAUUUUUUCCCUCAAGAAAUUCGAUUUGCCGUUAUACGUCGGGCGUCUGUUACCAUUUGCAUGGCUAUACCCACAUUCGUACGGACAUGACAGGUACCAUUUUCUUCAGUUAGAGUUCAUGCUUACGAGUUCUCUCGGUACCAAAUCGUGUACCCAGUCGUGCCAGUCCAGUGCCACUGUGACAAGCGCUUGACGUUGACCUGGAGAUGAUUUUCCAGUAUUGACCAGGGCGAAAAGGCAAAGGGGCGGAGAAGACAGGGCAAGACAUAUCAGCGCUUUGAGAUUCCUCCCUGAUCGUUCCACAAGGAUAAGUUUUGAUCGUCGCCUCAAUCAGGAAGUUAAAAUUGCGCUCAAAUGGUCCAUCCGGAAUCCUCGUUUCAUCCGAAUUUCUUGCAAUCAAGUCAAUACGUUCCGUACCGUAUUUGUUCCCCUGGAUUCCGCUUUUCAAUAAUAAGUUGGAGAUGACAGCUGAUAUUGCUUGGUUCGUUUGUGGAAGGCCAAAAAUACGAGCACAUUUUUGAUAUGUGUCCUAACGUCUAUCAAGCCACCAACAUGCCUUAUGCCUUACACUGAAAUCCAACCCAACUUUAUUGAAUCCGGACUUCAAACUUUCACCCCCUUUUCGUUCUUCGCCCAAUACGAUCAGAUAUUCGUCAUUAUCGUGAUGAUCUACAGUUUUCACUGACCAUGCCGCACGUACCACAAUCUUUACAGCGUCUUCACCACAAGGCCACCCACAAACCUGGGGUAUAUGAAAGGAUUGAAUGUCUCCUAUCAAAGCUAAAAAAAGUUCGGAGGCGUCCUGCCCAGGAAGAUGCUCAUAUCUUAGAGCCAUGUAAUGGAUUCUUCAAUCUACCAGCGGAGCUCCGGCAUGAGAUUUACUCAUAUCUCUUCAGGAAUUUGAGAUGUCGAGAUGAUAUUUUCUCUGAAGCAGAAUGCCACGACUUUUUCGUCCAUGAAGGAGCAGUUUUAUUCCGGGUGAACCAUUGGUUCCUGAAUGAUGCGGCUGAAUUCUUGUGUCGGAUGAACCCUCGAUUUAUGUUAUAUCGACCUUCCCUAUGCCGUUUUGCUUUCUCCAUCACAUAUGACUGUGUUCGAUUUCUGAAGAGUCUGGAACUAUCAGUACCAUCCUCCGAGACCAAAUUACUGGAGCCAAUCCUCGAAGAGAUCAUAGCUUCUAAUGCUCCGUUGACCUCACUCACUUUACAUCUUACUCCUACGUUUCCGGGAAGCUUAAGCUAUCCAUGGCCAAUGUACAUCAUUCCAAGGUUACAAGUGGAAACACCAGCAAAGGAACAUUUCUACAAUAUUCAUCCUCAUUAUUUAUCUAUCAAAUAUCAUUCGCAAGCUGCUGUGGAUAAUUGCCAUCGAUCCCCAUUGUUGAUAGGCAAAUUACAGAAUCUUCGAUAUCUAAAGAUUACAGGUCAGCCAGAAUUCGAUGUUAUGUUUGAACUUGCCAUCGUGAAGCUUCAUCUGGGAAUGAUGGCGGCCGCUAAAUCUGCGGGGACAUAUCUUGCCCUAUCACCAAAUAAUGGGCCUCGUGGUGAAAAAUGGUAUUAUGAAAUUUGGAUCAUCCCAACCUCGCGUCACUCAAAGCCAGCAAGUCUUGCAUCGCAUAAGCUCUUAGAGUGCUGAUGUGGGCAUUUCAACUUGUACCUAAGACCUUUACAGACAAUAUCUCUGCCAUAAGUAUACUCGAGCAAUAUGGCUCUUACUAGUGGCUUGCUUCCUUUG